AAGAACAAGGAAAAGGCAAAAUGGCGUUUGAUAGAGAAGGUCUAAACGUGGCCAUUAUAGUUCUGUAUUUUUAAUUAGUGUAUACAUGUACACAUGUAUAACGCCUAAGAGAUUAAACAUUAUUAGUAAUUGUUUGUAUUCGGAUACAUUAGUCACUCUGACGCGUCUUGUUCUCGCUUAGCUUGCUAGUUAGCUUAGCUUGUUAGCUGCUAAUAAAGACGCAGAAGUUAUCAACACAUCGCUAAGCAGAGAUCAAGUGUGAGUGUAAAGUGUUGUGAUUGUGUGAAAAUGUGCGAAAGAACGAUAGCAGAGUACGAGGAGGAACUUUGUCCAACAAAAGAGGACAAGGAGCGACAUCAUCAACUACUGGACGCUGUUUUCAAGAAACAUCAAGUUGUUUUACACACAACGGACGUCCAGCAGCCCCCCCACAUUAAAGAGGAAGAUCUACAUCCCCCUUGUGUUAAACAGGCGGAGCCAAAGCCAUCCCACAUUAAAGAGGAAGAGGAGGAAGUGUGGAUCAGUCAGGAGGAAGAGUGUCUUCUAGGGCAGGAGGAGGCUGAUCUCACCAAGUUUCCACUGACUGUUGUGUCUGUGAAGACUGAAGACAAACCACCUGAGUCCUCACAGCUUCAUCACAGUUCAAACAUAUGUGAAGAACAUAUUCUCCCUGAGCAGCAGGAAUGGAGCGUCGGGAUGGAGCAGAAAGAGCCACAGCCCUCCCACAUUAAAGAUGAAGACGAGGCGCCAGAGACCCCUCACUUUAAAAAAGAAGAAGAGGACCCACUGACCCCCCAUUUUAAAGAAGAAGAGGAGGCGCCACAGCCCCUGCACAUUAAAGAUGAAGAGGGGGAACACAGUAUUAGUCAGGAGGGAGAGCAUCUUGAAUGGUUGGAGGAGUACCCAGUGAUUGGCGUGAUUGUGAAGAGUAAAGGUAAUGAGGUCAAAGGUGAAAGUGAUAAGAAUAGAGAGUUAGAAUCUCCAAGCAGCAGCUCAACUCAAUACAUGACAACAGAAGCUGAUGGAGACCACUGUGGAGGAUCACAAGCAGACACGCUCUUAGCUCCACUGUCAGAUAGUGACGACACAACGUCACACUCUCCUGACACUGAUAAGGAAGACUCUAAAGCUGACGCCCAGCAGCCUCCCUACUUUAAAGAGGUAGAGGAGGAGCCACAGCCCCCACAUAUUAAAGAGGAUAAGGAGGAAGUGUGGAUCAGUCAGGAGGGAGACUGUCUUCUGGGGCAGGAGGAGGCUCAUCUCCCCAAGUUUCCACUGACUGUUGUCUCUGUGAAGACUGAAGACCAUGAAGACAAACCACCUGAGUCCUCACAGUUUCAACACAGUCCAAACGUAUGUGAAGAACAUAUUCUCCCUGAGCACCAGAAGUGGAGAUUCAGGAUGGAGCAGGAAGCACCACAGCCCUCCCACAUUAAAGAUGAAGACAAAGUGCCAGAGACCCCUCACAUUAAAAAGGAAGAGGAGGACCCAUUGACCCUCCACCUUAAAAAUGAAGAGGACCCACUGACUCCCCAUUUUACAGAGGAAGAGAUGCCACAGACCCCUCACCUAAAAAAGGAAGAGAAUGAGCCACAGCCCCCCCACAUCAAAGAGGAAGAGGAGGAACACAGCAUCAGUCAGGGGGGAGAGCAUCUUAAAUGGUUGGAGGAGUUCCCAGUGAUUGGUGUGAUUGUGAAGAGUGAAGAUGACAGGGUCAAAGGUGAAAGUGAGGAGAAGAGAGUGGUGGAGCCUCCAAGCAGCAGCUCAACUCAACACAUGACAACAGAAGCUGAUGGAGACCACUGUGGAGGAUCACAAGCAGACCAGCUCUUAGCUCCACUAUCAGAUAGUGACGACACAACGUCACACUCUCCUGACACUGAUGAUGAAGACUCUAAAGACGUCCAGCAGCCCCCCCACACUAAAGAGGAUGAUCUACAUCCCCCCUUUUUAAAAGCAGAGAAUGCAGAGCCAUCCCGCAUUAAAGAGGAAGAAGAGGAAGUGUGGAUCACUCGGGAGGAAGAGUGCCUUCUAGGGCAGAAGGAGGCUGAUCUCACCAAGUUUCCACUGACUGUUGUCUCUGUGAAGACUGAAGACCAUGAAGACAAACCACCUGAUUCCUCACAGCUUCAUCACAGUCCAAAUGUCUGUGAAGAUCAUCUUCUCCCUGAGAACCAGGAGUGGAGCUUCAGGAUGGAGCAGGAGGAGCCACAGACCUCCCACAUUCAGGAGGAAGACGAAGCGUCACAGACUCCUCUCGUUAAAAACGAAGAGGAAGACCCACGGACCCCCCGUGUCAAAGAGGAAGAGGAGGAAAUCAGCAUCAGUCAGGAGGGAGAGCAUCGUAAAUGGUUGGAGGAGUUCCCAGUGAUUGUGAAGAGUGAAGAUUAUAAGGUCAAAGGUGAAAGUGAGGAGAAGAGAGAGGUGGAGCCUCCAAGCAGCAGCUCAACUCAACACCUGACAACAGAAGCUAAAGGAGACCACACUGAGGAUGAAGACUCUAAAGCUGAUAAGACAUGUCACACUGACAACACACGCUUAAAAUGUUGUCACUGUGACAAAACUUUUCAACGCCCUAGUGAUCUUAAAAGACACAUGAGAAUACACACUGGAGAAAAACCCUUUUCCUGCUCAGAAUGUGGUAAAAGUUUUGCACGAAAAUAUGUGUUGAAUGAACACAUGCUGAGUCACUCUGGAGAAAAGCCUUUUUCUUGUUCAAUCUGCGGUAAAGAUUUUGUACAAAGUCACUAUUUGAAAGUACACAUUAGAUUACACACCGGAGAAAAACCUAACACCUGUUCAAUCUGUGGUAAAGGUUUUGUAAGAAGUUCCAAUUUGAAAGCACACAUGAGAACACACACUGGAGAAAAACCCUUUUCCUGCUCGUUAUGUGGUAAAGGUUUUGCUCACAAAAAUUUGUUAAAAGAACACAUGCAAAUACACACUGGAGAAAAACGUUUUUCCUGCUCAGCAUGUGAUAAAGGUUUUGCACGGCAACAUUUGUUGAAAGAACACAUGAGAAUACACACUAGAGAAAAACCUUUUUCAUGCUCAGAAUGUGGUAAAAGCUUUACCCGAAAUAAAUUGUUGAAGGAACACUUGAGAACACACACUGGAGAAAAACCUUUUUCCUGCUCAGCAUGUGAUAAAGGUUUUGUACGGAAACAUUUGUUGAAAGAACACAUGAGAAUACACACGGGAGAAAAACCUUUUUCCUGCUCAGUAUGUGGUAAGAGCUUUGCCCGAAAUAAAUUUUUGAAGGAACACAUGACAACACACACUGGAGAAAAACCUUUUUCCUGUUCAAUCUGUGGUAAAAGUUUUGCACGCUCAUAUAUGUUCAAAGUACACAUGAGAACCCACACAGGUGAGAAAGUGUUGAGUUGCAGUAUGUGCGGUGAAAGAUUCUCUUAUAAGUAUCAGUGUAAGAAACACACGUGUGCUGGUUAGAACAGCAGCAGCAAAUGAAGUCAAAACUUUAACUUUGACUUUCUAACAACAUCAGUACAUUAAACAUGUGUGACAUCAUUGUUGUGUGUAACACCCUCCAUGCAUUCAUUUUCUACUACUUGUCCCUUUCACACAUGUUAAUAUACUUCUACCAUUUUCAAUUGGAUAUUUUAGAUUAUUGCUUCGUUCAGUCAAGUACAUGGAUUAAUAUACAGCAUUGUGUACUUUUAUUUCAAAUUGAACAGAGCAAUUUAACUGUAAAGGUGACAGUAAAUUGUACAAAACAUAUGUGACAUACAUUAAACAUGUUAUGUGUAUAUAGAUAUUCAUAAUUCACUUGUUUUAUAUAUGUUUUUGAAAUUAUUAAGUGUUACAUAUUUUCCAUUCUAAUUGUAAAUGAUUGCAUAGAUUAACUCAUUUAUUUGAUAAACAUAUUUGUUUUACAUUUUUAAUUGUAUUAUUGAGUGAAAAGGACUGCAUUUUAUUUCCAUGGAGAGGUCUGAAAUCACAGGAUGCCGAUGAUGCACGUUCCAUUUUGUAGUUUAUCCUCAAAAUAAA